AUGCCACCGCCCAAGCCCACUAUUAUAGUGGUACCUGGCGCGUGGCAUCAACCAGCACAUUUCGAGCCCCUGGCGACCAGCUUGCGAGCAAAGGAGUACAAAGUCAUCGUGGUGCGCUUACCGAGCCUUCACUACUCCAAGCUCAACCAGCCUGUUCCAAACGGAGUCGUAGAGGAUGUCGAGGCAAUCAAGUCCAUCGCAACCCGCGAGCUGAACGACUACCCUGACUACGACAUUCUCAUACUGACCCAUUCGUAUAGCUCUGUCCUCGGUUCGGUGGCCUGCCAGGAUCUCGACAAGCUCUCGCGUCGCGCAGCCGGGCACACGAAUGGCAUUGCGGGACUGAUGACAAUCGCGGGACUACUGCUUCCAGCAGGAAUGUCGAUACUGGACAGCACAGGUGGCCAAGUCCCGCCUUGCAUACAAGUUUGGCAGUCGUCAUACUCGGAUGGACGUCAAUACGAAGUCAGUAUGCCGGCUAGUCCUCCUGGUGCGAACGAGCUCUUGUACCACGAUUUACCAGUUACCGUGGCUGAACAUUGGGCGUCGAAUCUCAGACCGCAUAUCUACGAGGGACACCGCAUCCCUAUUCCAUUUGCCGGACAUCUGGUGCUUCCGACGUACUAUCUGAUGUGCGAGGAUGACCGCAUGUUGGCGGUGGAAGAGCAGAGGUUCAUCGUGGAAGAGGCGAACAAACAGAUGCCAGCUGGGAAAGAGGUCAAAGUAACCAUGAUUGACUCAGGACAUAAUCCGUUCUUAAGCCAAAUUGAGGAGACGGUCAACUGGAUCAGGCGCUGUGCCGGGGAAGUGCUAUGA